AUGUCCUCUUUCCUCGUUUUCACCGCGGUAACUGUCGCCGCUGUAGCGACAUGGCUCAUCCGGCAGUCCACUCGAAAGCCGACAUUGCCUUACCCACCCGGUCCUCCACAAAAGCUCAUCGUCGGCAACGCCCUCGAUAUACCCAAGACUGCCAUGUUGCAGUCACACCAGUAUGCUGAAUGGUCGCGUAUCUACGGCCCUCUACUCCACCUAGACGCCAUGGGCACCCACCUCAUCAUAAUCAACGAAUACAACCUCGCCGUCGAGCUUCUCGACAAACGCGGCGCCACCUACUCCGACCGUCCACACAUGACCAUGGCCUCCGAGCUCAUCGGGUGGAACCGCCCGCUCAUCAUGCGUCGUUACGGCGAUCCGCUGUUCAAAGAGAUACGACGCUGCUUCUCGCAGCUUUUUGGGACAAGGCAGGCGAUGGAGGGGCAUUAUGCUGUCUUUGAGGACGAGGCGAGGGCGUUUAUGAGGAGGGUUGUGGAGGGGCCGGAGAGGUUUGAGCAGUAUAUUCAUAAGUGCGCUGCGUCUAUCGCAAUGAGAAUUCUGUACGGAUACCAUCCGAAUCCCGAGGGAGCGGACCCCGUCCUCGACGCCGGAUCCCUGGCCAUGCGGCAAGCCGACCACGUCUUCUCUACGCCCUAUCUCGUGGACAUCCUUCCAUGGCUGAAAUACGUCCCAGCGUGGUUCCCCGGCGCCGGGUUCAAGAAGAUGGCCGCUUUUCAUCGGAAGACGGUGGACGAGAUGUGCGAGUUGCCUUAUAGGACGAUCAUGAACCGGAUCCGCGACGGCACCGCCGAGCCCUGCUUCGUCCAACGCAUGGUCGAACAAGAAGGCACGUACACCCCCGCCCUCGAAGAGCUAACAAAAUGGGCCGCCACCUCCGCCUACGGCGGCGGCAUCGACACCACCGUCUCCUCCAUCUCCGCGUUCUUCCUCGCCAUGACUCUAUUCCCCCAUAUCCUCCUCAAAGCCCGCGAAGAGAUCGACACCGUCAUCGGCCGCGACCGUCUUCCCACACUCGCCGAUCGCCCUCGGCUGCCGUAUAUCAAUGCCGUGCAACGCGAGGUUCUGAGGUGGAAUCCUGUGGGGCCGCUUGGGGUGCCGCAUGCGACGCUGGAGGACGAUGUUUAUGAGGGGUACUUUAUACCGAAGGGGUCUAUCGUCAUCGUCAACAUCUGGCAUAUACUGAAUACAGCAGAUGUAUACAACAACCCGCGCGAGUUCGACCCCGACAGAUUCAUCUCGACCCCCGAACGCCCCGCCGAACCCGACGCGUACCGUACAGCGUUCGGUUUCGGGCGCCGGACCUGCCCAGGCCAGAACCUCGCGGACGCAACGAUGUUCCUCGAGAUCGCGCUCGCAGGCGCGGUACUCGACAUCUCUCGGGCGCGCGAUGCGAAUGGGGACGAGAUUGUUCCCGAGGGCAAGUUUGGUGAUGGGCUGCUCAUGCAUCCGCUGCCGUAUCCGAAUGUGAUUAGGGCGCGAGAUGCGAGGGCUGAGGCGUUGUUGCAGGGAACUCUCUGA